AUGUGGAGCUCGCCAUAUCUUUGUUUACGAUACUAUGUGGGAUACCGCUUCCGGAGCAGGUGUGGGAUGCGGUGUGUACGGUGCUGGGCGAAAUACCGAUUUCUGGUGUAUCCGGUCUCUUGUUUGAUACUUAUGACCGCUACAGCAUACGCCGUCUAUACUAUGACGGGUGAGUAUAGACAACUAGUUUCCUUCUCUCUAGUGACAGAUAAGCAAACGCUACCCCCAAUCACUCCAACCCACUCCAUGGUGCUGGUAGUAGCUUACAUGCGAAGUGGAUCGAGUUUUUUGGGCGAUAUUCUCCAGCAGGAUGACUCCAGUUUCUAUGUAUAUGAACCAUUGAAAGAUGCUAAUGACCGGAUCGAGAACAACCAGAGUAUUGCUCUCUACAACGGAACAAACAGGUAUGUACAUACACCGGAAGAGAAGAUUUCCUUUUUUGUGGAGAGUCUGUAUAAUUGGUUCACAUGUAACUUCAAGGACCUUGACAUUGGAACUCUCACCAGCAGUUACCUGCUGCACUAUAGCAAAAAGACAAGGAAUUACAUGGGAUGUUUGACACGACACCAUAACAAAAUGGAUGGGGUUGAAUACUGUCUUCAAUAUCUACAGUCUACAUGUAUACCUGCCAAACUCAGAGUCAUCAAGUCCAUCAGAAUUAACAUGGACACUGUCCACCUACUGCAGCAAAGGCUACCAUUUCUCAAGGUCAUUCAUGUCGUCCGUGACCCAAGAGGUAUAAUGAAUUCCAGGGUCAAGGUCAAACUAUCAAAUUGGAUAAAUCUCAGUUCAGAGGUCAAUAAUCUUUGUAGGAGAAUGACAAAAAAUAUUGAAAUGAGUACUCUAGAUAGAGAGGAAAAUGUAAAACAAAUUGUUUAUGAACUAUUAGCAGAACACCCAAUAGCAUUGUCUGAAGAUCUCUAUAAUUUUGCUGGACUGGAGUUCAGCCCUACAGUGUCAAAGCGGGUGUAUAAAAUGACCCAUUACUCACCACAUGCACGGGACUGUGACUGGUGUACAAAAAAGUCAAACUCCAGUAUGACAUCGCUUAUGUGGAGGACAGAGAUAGAACUGGAGCAUGCCGAGGUCAUUGAUUCUCAGUGUGUAGAUCUGUACAACAUGAUUGGCUACCUUCCUGUACAGAGUCUACAACAACUGAGGAACCAUAGUGUCCCCUUACAUCUCAAGAUCCUUCCUCCAGGCCUGUUGUAA